AGUAUUAUAACCCCAUUCAUCUUUGAACAAAUUGUCAAUGGUAAAGAACUAAAGAUACCUAUAAACCUCAAAAACUGUGUGUCUCCAGUCCUCCCAUUUCUCCUUCCUCCAUGGCUCUGGAGAUGGAUUCUGUUCCUUCCUUGGUGCUCUCUGUGUUGGCCAUACUGGUCACUCUCAUCUUUCUCAUGUCUACCUCCAAAAAGAAGAACAGUAUUAACAGAAGCAGCAACAAGAAACUACCCCCAGGAGAGAUGGGUCUUCCUUGGAUUGGUGAGACGCUGGAGUUCCACAAAGCACAGCGUAGUAACAGAUUACUCGAGGAUUUUAUUCAACCCCGGAUGACAAAACAUGGAAACAUAUUCAAAACAAGGCUAAUGGGAUCGCCAACAGUGCUGGUGAGCGGAGCCGAGGCUAAUAAGUUCUUCCUCUCAAACGAAUUCAAGCUGGUGGUGAGCUCAUGGCCAUCUUCCUCGGUGCAGCUCAUGGGAACAGACUGCAUAAUGCAGAAGCAAGGGGAGCGGCACAGAUGCAUCCGUGGCGCGAUAGCCAGCAGCCUCAGUUGCACCGGGCUCGAGGCUCUAGUGCCCAAGAUAUGCAGCUCCAUUGACAAACACCUGAGCAAGGAUUGGCAUGGGCGAGACACAGUAAGCCUCUACCCAUCUGUGAAGAAGCUAUCGUUCUCCAUCGUGCUCGAGUGCUUGCUGGGGAUUGAUGUGGAGCCGGGCAUGCUGGAGAUGUUCGAGGGAGUUGUGGAAGGAGCCUUCGCAGCGCCCGUUAACUUACCAGGCUGCCGGUUUUGGCGAGCAAAGAAGGCGAGGUUGGAGAUAGAGAAGAAGCUGGUGGGUGUUGUUAGGAGGAAGAGGGAAGAGAUGGAACAGAAGGUGAGAAGAGAGGAGGAAAGGCGGUUGUUGUCUGGUCUGGUGCUGGGGUUGAUGAAAGGAGAGAUGAGUGAGAAAGAAGUGGUGGAUAAUGUGGUUUUGCUGGUGUUUGCAGCUCAUGACACAACUUCUUUCGCCAUUGCCAUGAUAUGUAGGAUGUUGGCUCUCCACCCAAACUGCCAUUCUCGACUUGUUGAAGAGCAUGUAGAAAUAGCAGGUAGUAAAAGACCAGGUGAAAAUCUAACAUUGGAAGACACCAAGAAGAUGAAGUACACAUGGCAAGUGGCUCGUGAAAGCAUGCGGAUGUUCCCUCCCAUCUUUGGCUCCUUUAGAAAAGCCAUUGUUGACAUUGAAUACGAAGGAUUUACCAUUCCCAAAGGAUGGAAGGUGCUAUGGACAGCAUAUGGAACCCAUUAUGAUUCGCAAUGCUUUCCAGAGCCUCUGCAUUUUAAUCCAAGUAGGUUCGAGGAACCUAUUCCACCCUAUGCUUUUGUUCCAUUUGGAGGAGGGCCUAGGCUCUGUGCAGGCUACCAAUUGGCCAAGCUAAACAUACUCCUAUUCUUGCAUUUUAUGGUGACUCAUUAUGACUGGUCCCUACUGCACAAAGAUGAAACCAUUACCGCAGACCCCCUCCCCUUCCCUAGCCAGGGAAUGCCCAUCAAAAUUGCUCCAAAGCAGCCAUGUAAAUGAAAUGAAAUGAAAUCAGAUGCUUGUAUAUAUAUAAACCUCUAUACUGUAAAAGCUGUCUCAGACCA